GGCCCCGCUCCAUCCCUCCGCCCUCCUCCUUCCCGCAGCCGCACCGAGCCACAGACCGCGGCGGGGCCGGGCAGGGCCGCACCAUGACCGAGACCACCAAGACCCACGUUAUCCUGCUGGCCUGCGGCAGCUUCAACCCCAUCACCAAGGGCCACAUCCAGAUGUUCGAGCGAGCCCGAGAUUACCUGCACAAGACCGGGCGCUUCAUCGUCAUCGGUGGCAUCGUCUCGCCCGUGCACGACUCCUAUGGGAAGACGGGUCUGGUCUCGAGCCGGCACCGCCUGACCAUGUGCCAGCUGGCUGUCCAGUCCUCUGACUGGAUCAGGGUGGACCCCUGGGAGUGCUACCAGGACACCUGGCAGACCACCUGCAGUGUGCUGGAGCACCACCGUGACCUGAUGAAGAGAGUGACUGGAUGCAUCCUCUCCAAUGUCAACACGCCCUCCAUCACCCCUGUGAUUGGCCAGCCCCAGAAUGAGUCCUCGCAGAACAUCUACCAGAACAACAACAACGUCUCCAACAAACCCACUGCAGCAAAGAUCCUGGGGAAGGUGGGAGAAAGCCUGAGCCGGAUUUGCUGCGUUCGCCCACCCAUGGAACGCUUCACAUUUGUGGAUGAAAAUGCCAACCUGGGGACAGUGAUGCGAUAUGAGGAGAUCGAACUUCGCAUCUUACUGCUCUGUGGCAGCGACCUGCUGGAGUCCUUCUGCAUCCCUGGUCUCUGGAACGAGGCGGAUAUGGAGGUGAUCGUCGGGGAGUUCGGGAUCGUGGUGGUGCCCCGGGAUGGAGCAGAUCCCGACCGGAUCAUGAACCACUCCUCCAUCCUCCGCAAGUACAAAAACAACAUCCUGGUGGUGAAGGAUGACUCAAACCACCCCAUGUCGGUCGUCAGCUCCACCAAAAGCAGACUGGCCCUGCAGCACGGGGAUGGACACGUUGUGGAUUACCUCUGCCAGCCUGUCAUCGACUACAUCCUCAAGAGCCAGCUGUACAUCAACGCCUCUGGCUAAGAGCCAGAGGCCUUGCAGCCUACCUGCAGCCUACCUGCAGCUCUCCAUCACUCUUUUUUCUCUCUCUCAGUCCGUGUCUCCAUCUCUCUCCCCAUCCCAUGGCCUCCUGCCCGUGUCUGCCUCUCACCCCCAGCACCAACACUCCAUCGUGCAGCAAUGUCCAGGGAACAGUUUGGUCUCUUUUUUGGGGUACUGCCCUGCCCUGCACACGUGGGGAGGGAGGAGGAACCGGUACGAGAGCGAUGUACUUGGUGUGCUCAAGGGGAGGCUGCCCUGGCACCCCCUCCCAGCAUGUCCCUGGGAAAAGGCCCCCUGGUCCGUCCUCCCAGCAUGCUCAGAGCAGGGGCUGCCUCUUCUGCAUCAUCUUACAGAACUUAAUCUCAAUAAAUCUAGGUGCAUUUUUUUUAUUCAAUAGUUUUAGUGCGAGCCCUUUGAGCCUCUCGACGCGGUGACCAACCAAACCCUGGUCGGCACCGGCUCGGUGCCUCAUGGCGCGUGAGCCUCCCAGACUGGCAGUAGGACAGCCCAGCUAACCAGUCCUCCUCCUGGUCCUGAAAAAUCAUGGAGAAGGGAGCAGAGGCCUUGGCAAUCAUCGCUGCCAAAGCAUUGCAGGGAGAAUGUCAUGUCACCUUCCCUUGGCUGCAAGAACUCAAGCCACUCCCUGGGUGACUUGAGUUGGGGUGAUGUUCUACUCCAACCCACAGCACCUAGAAAGGGAUCUGCCACUUAUGGAGCCGAGAAAUGAGGUAGAAAGAAGCAGGUAGUGAGCCAAAACCUCUGGUGACAAUUUUCCCCAAAGCUGGUUGGGUCCAUUACCAUCCUCUGGCCUUCAGAUCACUAUUUCUCUCUGUAAACUUCCCCCUUCUCCCGUCUCUCUUCCUCUUCUUGAAGAGUUCAUUAAAUGCAUGAUACUUUCCCCCUCCCAAACCAGCUGUGGCUACUUCGCAUAUCCCUUGGGACAUGCCAGACUCCUGCUCUCCCACCUGUGACGUGCCUCCAGAUACCGAGGAUGGAGCCUGGUGGAGACAUGCCAGGGCAGGUAACAGGGAGCAAUUACUGAAGCCUUGUGGAGAGGAGGGUUGCUGGAGCAGGCUCGUGUCCUGCUGAGCAUCCCUAGGGUGCAAGGACCCUGCACAGCUCCUGGGGAAGGUCACAGCCACAAGGAGGAAGGUUUACCCCUCACCUUCUGUUCUCCCUUUGCUCCAUCUAACCUUAUAUUGCUUCAGGUGGAGCCGUACAGCUGCCUGUAGCUGAGAGUCCUCCAUGGUGUUUCAAGGAAAGAUGUGAAAUUUCCUCUACUUCAUCCCUUAAAAGUCCACAAAGUAGCUCUCAUUGAAGCUUCAAUUGGUGAGACUUUGCACUAAAUUUGACCUGCCGGGUGCUGCUGGCAUCCCUGGAACAGCAAACAGCUUUGGACAAAACAAGGCAGGCCAUGGUCACAGGGUCCUUGCAGCAGGCAGCAUUUUAGGAACAGCAGCUGACAACUUCUCAGGAGGACACAGCCCUUCCCAGAAGGGAAAUCAUGAGGGACAGAGGUGAUGUGACUCACCCAAAGGCCCCAGAAGAGGUCUUUCCUUGCCAGGGAUUUCCCUCUGCACGGUGAGGUUUGUUCAGGAACUGUUCUAAAUUUGGCAGCUGAGUCCCUCAGCAGCAGCUCUGGUGUCUCCAGGUGGUUGCGUACGUAUUCCAUGGGAUGAGGAGAUUUGGAGAUGCCAAAGCAGAGAGGGUGGCGAGUGUGUGGGGGACUCAGAGAACAGGAAUGCCUCUUUUCUAGGGAGGUCUUCAGCUAGCUGGAGCUGGUCAGCGCCACCCCACUGAGCUCCCUCAGCUGACAUGCUAGGCAGGUGCCCGUGGUGGGACACCUCAUCCAUGAGGUAACCACUAACCAGGUGCUGGACUCCACCCAUUGUUGUCACACAUUCAGGUUGUCAGUCUCCCCUCCCUCUCCACCCCAACACAGAAGGUAUUCCACACAGCAGCCUUCCCUCCUUGCCAGACCUCACUGUGUUUCUCAGCUCCCAGCUGGAGGAGAAGCAGCAGUGGUGGCAACCAGCCUCCAAAACACACCCAGAAGGGCUGAACCUCCUGGGGGGGCAGCGCCUCUUGGAAGGGGCACGAAAGACAGGGGGUUCCCACUGAGGAAAAGACACGGGGAAGUAAAACAAAGGAGAUGGAGAAGGAAGGAAGGUGUCAUGCCCGAGAGCCACCUCUGAUCCUCCCUCCCUCCCUUAGGUACGCGGGAUGGGACGUGGGGACACCAGUGCUUCCCACCCCACCAUGGUUAGGAUGGCAUGGCUUAGAGACGUAGUGUUGUGGUACAGAUGAUGAGUAUAUUCUGUCUGACUAGUCUUACCUGCGUCUUCGUGUAUCAGCUCAGCAAAACUCACUGAUGGGGGUGGGAUGGGGGGUUUGUAACGGGUCCUUCAGCUCUGGGACCCAUUUGGAAAAA